AAAAUUUUCCAUGAUUCAAGAUAGGCUUUGUUAAAACAAAAUGGUUGAGCUCCAUAAUGUCUGUGAAUAUGUCCUAAUUUAAAGACAGCAAAUUUUCGGAAUAUUUUAAGUUGCUACCUAUCCACAAAGAUGUUUGACUACCAUUAGAAAAAUUCAGAAAGUUGUAAAGCAUACAGCAAAAGGAAAAAACACUUAUCUGAAUUUCUAAAAUGCCACAAAGAGCGUACAAAGCUAUUGUAUUCAAAAAUAAAUUCUGAUCUCGUUCAAAACAAAGAGAAAACGCUAGAACGCGUUAACAGAGAUUGCGAAAGUUCCCAGGAAUCAUAGGAAUCCAUGGUACGAUAACGUUGAAGAAUUUAGAAAAUAACCUAG